UCCAAUUACCUACUCCAGAUCUCCACAACUUACUCGCUCAUUACUACCAAGUCUUGUCUCUCCGUUCCACUCAACUUUUUAAGUCCAAGUCCUACACUCCCCCCAUCAUCCCCGCAGCCAGCUUUCUUCUUCUUCUUCUUCGCUCAAAUAAUGCAGCUCUUCCCGGCGGCCACCGGAACAAUAGCUCUCUCUCUCCUCCUGCUUUUAGCCGGGGUCACCGAUGCACACAAUAUCACGAGCAUCCUAGCAAAGAACCCCGAUUUCUCGAUCUUCAACCAAUUCCUAACUCUCACACACCUCGCCGUAGAGAUCAACCAACGCGAGACCAUCACGAUCUGCACAGUCGACAAUGGCGGCAUGUCAGACCUCCUCUCCAAGCAGCUCUCCAUCUACACCAUCAAAAACGUCCUAUCCCUUCACGUUCUCCUCGAUUAUUUUGGUGCACAGAAGUUGCAUCAAAUUACAAACGGUACGGCCUUGACUGCCACCAUGUUCCAAGCCACUGGCUCCGCCCCGGGCUCUUCUGGUUUCGUCAACAUUACCGAUCUCAAAGGCGGUAAGGUCGGCUUUGGCGCCGAAUCCAACCACGGCAACCUAGACGCCACCUUCGUCAAAUCUGUAGAGGAGAUCCCAUACAAUAUCUCCGUCAUCCAGAUCAGCAAGAUCAUGGCAUCCGCUGAAGCUGAAGCCCCCACUCCAGGCCCCAGCCAGUUAAACCUCACAUCUCUAAUGUCAAAGCAAGGUUGUAAGGUUUUCGCAGAUACGCUAGUGGCUUCCGGAGCCGAGCAAACGUUUGACGACAACAUUGUAGGAGGGUUAACGGUGUUCUGCCCCACUGACCAGGCGUUUAAAGACUUCAUGCCCAAAUACAAGAACCUAACGGCGGAUGGGAAGAAUUCGUUGCUGCUGUAUCACGGAAUUCCUGUUUACUAUUCCAUGCCAAUGCUGAAGUCGAAUAACGGAGUUGUGAACACGUUAGCGACGGACGGUGCCAAUAAUUAUGAUUUCACAAUUCAGAACGACGGCGAGUUGGUGACAUUGGAGACGAAGAUCGUGACGGCCAAGAUAACAGGGACGUUGCUGGACAAGCAGCCUGUGGCGAUUUACACGAUCGACAAAGUGUUGGUACCGAAGGAGUUAGUCAAGGCUUCGCCAACGCCAACGCCGGCUCCAGCACCGGCGCCUAAGGUUGCUAAGUCUUCCAAGGCACCGACGAAGCAUGCACCACCACCGCCACAGGUACCAGAGUCCAUGUCCCCGGAGCCAAUGUCCCCGGAUGGUGAACCGGCUGAUCAAACGGUGGCUGACGACAACGGCGGUGUUAGAUUUAACGGUGCGAGAUGGACUGUAGCGGUUUUGAGUGUGUUGCUGCUGACUUUGUUGAUCUAGGUUUUUUAUUUCUUUCUUUCUUUUUUUUUCGAUAACAGGUGUAGGGUUGAUUUGAGUGUGUAAUUUUUGUGCCUCUUAACUUUUUUUUUUUUUUCUUCCCCUUUAGAAAUAAGCGACACCUGUACCAUGGAGUCGUUUUUUACAUUUACCAUUGUUUGUAUUUAUGAUUUAGUGUGUGGUGGAUUUUUUUCUUCUUCCUCUUUC